GGAGAACGGUAGGAAAACAGCACACUCGACUCACACAAAACCUUAAAAGAAUUAAUCCUAACGUCACACACUCAACACAACAGUUCAGAACGGGAAGUAGAAAAAUCUUCGAACAGAAUCUGAGGAAUGCAACAUCCACUGACUGCAGUGAUAGAGCUUGAAAGAUCAAAUACAAGUUUUGAUAUAACUCAGAGUGGAUUCAUCUAAAAGAAGAAAUUCAUAUACACCCAGGAUGCUUUGGCGAACUGAACAUAUUUAAGGAGACAGAAGAUUACAGGCUCUACAAUGAGUCUCUAUGAGGAGAGAGAGGAGGACAAUGUUCACUAUCAGAACAACAGAGCAUCGUCUCCAGAGCCCAGCUGUGUGUCUAUGGAAAGUGAUCAAUCCAUGCCACAUUCUCCUAACUUCAGCGAUAGACCAGUGAUCUUUAACCCCAGUGACACUGAGAACAAGAGAGCAGCAUUUCCAGAGUCCAGCUAUGUGUCUAUGAGGAGUGAUCAAUCCAUGCCACAUUCUCCUAACUUCAGUGAUGGAUCAGUGACCUUUAACCCGAGUUACACUGUGAACAAGAGAACAGCAUCUCCAGAGUCCAGCUGUGUGUCUAUGAGGAGUGAUCAAUCCAUGCCACAUUCUCCUAACUUCUGCGCUGGAUCAGUGAACUUUAACCCCAGAGAUAAGACUGAAGACCUGCAGCAGGAUUCUCACCAACCACAUGAUCAACUACAGAGAGUCAAAGACCAGCACCAAACCCACAUGAGGAACAAGUAUGAGAGAUUAUUUGAGGGACUGAAACUCCAGGAGAAUGAAAGCCUCCUGAACAGGAUCUACACACAGCUCUACAUCAUAGAGGGAGAGAAAGGAGGAGUAAAUGAAGAACAUGAGGUUUUAUUGAUGGAGAAAACAGCCAGAACCCAACACUCACAGGACACUCCAAUCUACUGCAAUGAAAUCUUUAAAGUCUCAGCUGAACCAGGAAGUGAGGAGAAAGAGCAAAUCAAGACUGUUCUUACUAAAGGCAUCGCUGGAAUCGGAAAAACCGUCUCUGUGCAGAAGUUCAUUCUGGACUGGGCCGAGGGAAAAGCCAAUCAGGAUGUAGAUUUCAUGUUUGUGCUUCCAUUUCGAGAGCUGAACUUGAUCCGAGAUCAUCAGUACAGUCUUCACAGGCUUCUGCUGGACUUUCAUCCUAAACUUCAAAAUCUGGACUCACAGAUUUAUGAGGAGUGUAAAGUUGUGUUCAUCUUUGAUGGUCUGGAUGAAAGCAGAAUCACACUGAUGUUUUCAGAUGCUCAGAAAGUUUGUGAUGUGACUGAGACUUCAUCAGUGGCUGUGUUGAUGUCAAACCUCAUGAAAGGAGAGCUGCUUCCCUCUGCUCUCAUCUGGAUCACCUCCAGACCAGCAGCAGCCAAUCAGAUCCCCUCCGAAUACAUCCACCGUCUGACAGAAAUUCAGGGAUUCACUGAUCCUCAGAAGGAGGAAUAUUUCAGGAAGAGAUUCAGUGACCAGCAUCAAGCCAGCAGAAUCAUCUCACACAUCAGAAGAGCAAGAAGCCUCCACAUCAUGUGCCACAUCCCUGUCUUCUGCUGGAUCUCAUCCACUGUGCUUCAGAAGCUCCUGGAAGAAGAUCUGAGUGCUGAAAUCCCUCAAACUCUGACUGAAAUGUACAUCCACUUCCUUUUGAUUCAGAUCAACAUGAGGAAUCAAAAGUAUGAAGAGAGAGAUUCAGAGAAACUCCUGCAGUCAAACAGAGAAGUGAUUGUAAAACUUGCUGAAGUGGCUUUCAAACAGCUGAUGAAGGGCAAUGUGAUGUUCUAUGAGGAGGACCUGAUUGAGAGCAGCAUAGACCUCACUGAUGCCUCAGUGUAUUCUGGGAUUUGCACUGAGAUCUUUAAGCAGGAAUCUGUGAUUCAUCAGAGGAAAGUCUACAGCUUCAUCCAUCUGAGCGUUCAGGAGUUUCUUGCUGCUUUCUGUGUGUUUCACUGCUAUUUGAUGAAUAACAUGGAGCCAGUGAAGUUGUUUCUGGAUGAUAAACUUGAGAGGUACAAGCACAGAUCUGAGGAAAACUCUCUGUAUGAGCUGCUAAAAUCAGCAGUUGACAAAACUUUAAAGAGUGAUAAUGGACGUCUGGAUCUGUUUCUGCGGUUCCUGCUGGGCAUCUCACUGGAGUCCAGUCAGAGACUCUUACAUGAUCUACUGACACAUACAGAGAACAGCUCAAAUAGCAUCAAGACAAUCACACUGUACAUUAAAGACAAGAUCAAGACAGAUGACUAUAACAUGAAACUAUCAGAUGACCGCUCCAUCAAUCUGUUCCUUUGUCUGCUGGAAGUAAAAGAUCAGACUCUCUUCAAAGAGAUUCAGGAGUUUGUGAAAUCAGACAAACACUCAGAGAAGAAACUCUCUGCUGCUCACUGCUCAACAAUCGCCUACUUGCUUCAGAUGUCAGAGGAGCCGCUGGAUGAGCUUGAUCUCAUGAAAUUCAACACAUCAGAUGAGGGAAGAGGAAGACUGAUACCAGCUGUGAUCAACUGCAGAAAAGCUCUGUAAGUAUACAUUCAUUCAGUCAGUCAGUCAUGUAAUUACAGAAGAAACAGAUUAGUCUGCACCUGUGACUCGAACUAAUCUUUCAAAUAAUAACCCUGGUUUAAUUAAUUAUAUGACAGUAAUUAUUUAUUAUAU